AUGGCCAGUCCCUUGGAGCAGGCGAUAUGUGCCAUCAUAUCCACCUUUCAGAAGUAUGCGCAUCACUCUGGGGACAAGCACAAGCUCUGCCAGGCGGAGCUCAAAGAGCUGCUGCAGAAGGAGCUGCCCACCUGGACCCCGACCGAGCUUCGGGAGUGUGACUACAACAAGUUCAUGGGCAUGCUGGACACCAACAAGGACUGCGCGGUGGACUUUGUGGAGUACGUGCGCUCGCUAGCCUGCCUCUGUGUCUACUGCCACGAGUACUUCAAGGACUGCCCCCGGGAGCCCCCCUGCUCCCAGUAG